AUGGCCGACACCCCCAAGAAGAAAGAGCCCACCGCCUCCGAGGCCAUGUUCUUCUUCGCCAUUGUCAAACAUACCCGUAACAAGGCGGACAUUGAUUGGACCGCCGUGGCCGCAGAGCAGGGCUUCAAGAACGCUAAUGUCGCCAAGGUCCGCUUCGGCCAGGUCAAGCGCAAACUGGGCAUAACUACCAACACGGACAGUCCGGCUCCUGUUCGUACGCCUACGAAGAGAACAUCUGCUGGCACGCCUACCAAGGUUACGAAGAGUGGUGGCCGAGCGGGGACCAAGGGUCGGAGGGCCAAGACUGUCAAGGAGGAGUGUGAUGAUGCGGAGGACGAUGAUGAGACGAUGGUGGGUGUGAAGGAUGAGAAUCCUGAUGCGGAUUUGGAUGCUGAGGUUGAGUCGUUUUUGGAAGAGGACCCGGAGGAUCCUUUUUAG